AUGGCUGCGCAAGACCUUCCCAUGGAUCUCCCAAUUAUCGACCUCGACGUCUUCCUGAACGAGCCGCGCGACUCGCCUGCCGUCCGCGAAGAGUGCGCAAAGGCCGCCACCGCCCUCAUCACCUAUGGCGCUCUCGUGCUGCACGACUCUCGCGUCGCCGAAUCCGACAACACCACAUUCCUUGACCUUCUCGAGGACUACUUCGCACAACCCGCCGAAGACCUUAAGAAGGACGAGCGCCCAGAGCUUAGCUACCAGAUUGGCGUGACCCUCGAGAACACGGAGAAGCCCAAGUGCGCUGUCGAUGAACCUUGUCUGCAGAUUAUUCAGCGCCUUGCCCCUUCCGAGCGCCCUCUCGACAUUGGCGGCCACGAACCCGAUCCCAAGUGUCGCUUCUUUUGGCGCAUGGCCGAAAACCCGCCCUAUGAGACCGAGUUCCCCGGGCUCAACGCGCCCAACGUCGUCCCGGAAGCCCCGCACAUCCGCGAGCGUUGGCCGCCUGCCAUGGACAAGUGGGGGACAUCGAUGAAGCAGGCAGUCACCGGCCUCUCCAAGAUGGCGGCUGUUGGCCUGGGCCUGCCCGCCGACACUUUCAGCGACGCCGCCAAGUACGGACCUCAUCUCCUGGCACCGACGGCUUCGGAUCUGGUCAAGUACGGCAAGCAGGACACCAUUCUGGCCGGCUUCCACACGGACCUAAACUUCCUCACCAUUCACGGCCGUUCGCGGUACCCAGGCCUGCACAUCUGGGCGCGCAACACGGGCAAGAAGAUUUCCGUCAAGAUCCCCGAGGGCAACUACCUCUUGGUCCAGGCCGGAAAGCAGCUGGAGCAUCUGACGGGAGGCCUCAUCAAGGCGGGCUUCCACGAGGUCGUGGUCAACGAGAAGACACUUGACGUGAUUGAGCGCCGCAAAACCCAAUUCCCGGACCGCCCGCUCGUCCGCAUCUCGUCGACGUUCUUCUUCCACCUGUCAUCCGACUUCGAUAUCACACCGAUCCCCCAGCUGGCGGAGCAGGCACAAAAGGUCCGGGCUGAGCAGUUCAACCUGGGCAAGGACGAAGGCGAGGAGGUGGUGUAUAAGCCCAUGAAGGUGGGAAACCAAGUGCAAGAAGAGCUCAAGCACAUUGCCCUGAUGACAUGA